CCUCUCUAUAGGCGCCCGCCCGUCUCCAUGACGGCGCUCUAGGACCUCCCACGUCUCUAUGGCGGGCGGCGCUCUAGCCGCGGCCUCCCCCCCCUCUCUGUGGCCCCGCCUGGGGAGCGGGGGGCGGCGCCUGGCGGCGGCAAGGCAGCAGGCCCAGCCCCGCAGCGGAGGAGCGAUGCCCCCCGGGGACACCCCCCGGCACGGCCCCCACGGCCCCUCGGACACCGGGCCCCGGCUCUGCGCCCUCCUGUAGCUCCCCCAGGCCCAGGAAAACGAAGGAGCUGCGAAGCUGGCAGUGUCUGUGAUGUCUUCAUUAGGCUGCUUAAUUUAAUUGAAAAUUUUCUGUUGCUGGGAAGGGCUGGAAGGGGAAUCUGAUACCUGACAGCUGAGAUCUAAUAGAGCUGUCUGCCACAGCAGCGCAGGCCUUUCUCAGCAGGGGACGGCCGCUCUGCCUUUUGUUUCUUUUGUAAUUAAUAGGAUGUGGUGCCGGAGGCUGGCGUGCCUGCUGGGCCUGCCGUGCUGGCAGAGCCGACGUGCUGGGCAUGGCUCACUGGGGCUGCCCCACAGCACAAGGAUCGUCCCCACUGCUGCAGCUCGCUGCCACCACACGGCCCCGGAGUCCCUGAGCUGUGCCUGGCAGCUGCACGGCGAUCACCUGGAGCUCAGGUACGCAAACACGCUGAUGCGCUUCGAUUUCGUCUGGCUGCGGGACCACUGCCGCUCAGCUUCCUGCUACAACGCCAAGACGAACCAGCGCAGCUUGGACACGGCUAGCGUGGACCUGGGAAUCAAGCCCAAGGCUGUCCGAGUGGAUGAGACCACGCUCUUCCUCACGUGGCCGGACGGGCACGUUACGCGGUACGGGCUGGAGUGGCUGGUGAAGAACAGCUACGAGGGGCAGAAGCAGCGGGUCAUGCACCCGCGGAUCCUCUGGAACGCCGAAAUCUACCGCCAAGCCCAGGUCCCAUCCGUCGACUGCCGGAGCUUCCUGGAGACAGACGAGGGGCUGAAGGAGUUCCUGCAAAACUUCCUGUUGUAUGGGAUCGCUUUUGUUGAGAACGUCACUCCCACCAAAGAGGACACGCAAAUCUUAGCAGAAAGGAUCAGCUUAAUCAGGGAGACCAUUUAUGGCAGAAUGUGGUACUUCACCUCCGACUUCUCCCGGGGAGACACUGCCUACACCAAGCUGGCUCUGGAUCGACACACCGACACGACCUAUUUCCAGGAGCCCUGCGGCAUCCAGGUGUUUCACUGCCUCAAGCACGAGGGGACGGGCGGGCGCACGCUGCUGGUGGACGGCUUCUACGCGGCGGAGCAGGUUCUCCGGCAAGCCCCCGAUCAAUUUGAGCUGCUAAGCAAGGUGCCCCUGAAGCACGAGUACGUCGAGAACGUGGGCGACUGUCACAACCACAUGAUCGGAGUUGGGCCAGUCCUCAACGUCUAUCCCUGGAACAACGAACUUUAUCUGAUCAGAUACAAUAACUACGAUCGUGCAGUCAUCAACACGGUGCCUUACGAUGUGGUGCAUCGCUGGUACACCGCUCACCGCACACUCACCGCCGAGCUCAGGAGACCAGAAAAUGAGCUGUGGGUCAAACUGAAGCCAGGCAAGGCACUCUUCAUAGACAACUGGCGCGUCCUGCAUGGGCGGGAAGCGUUCACGGGGUACCGCCAGCUCUGUGGCUGCUACCUGACGAGAGACGACGUGCUGAACACCGCGCGCCUGCUGGGACUGCAAGCCUAGCGCCGGCCAGCCGCCGCGGGGAGGCAGAGCUCCGUGCUGCUGUGUCACCACGAGGAAGGCGUUGUACGUACCUCAGACACCUCCGCCCUCUCAGAGCAGUUCUCUCUGCCUGCCCGGGAGAGGGAGCAGGUGGCAGCCCAAGGUUAUGGGAGCUUUUUGGGACCGCGUUCUGCCUCUGUCCAAGCAGGGUCAGCUCGUGCUGUCUGUGCAGCCAGCCAGUUUGUCUCAGCUGCAGUGAAUCGGGGUUAAACACGCUGUGAGAAGUGCUCCCAGCACCUGUUGAUGUGAAGUGCUCCUCUGAUCAAGUGCCUUCAGGAUCUGAAAUCUGUUUCUUUCUGUUGUUCAGCCUUUCCUGUCAUUUCUAUGGUUUUUUUUUUUGUUUGUUUGGCAUAGCAGAGCAGAAUGGAUAUACCUGGGGUCUCGUCUCACCCCAGUCUGGACUUCACAACUUCUAGAAAAAAUGUAAAGUCAGGACUUUACACCUUCUAGAGAAUUUUUUUUCUCUAAAAAAAAAUUCCUUAUUUUGAUGGAAGUGCCACUACUCAAACUGAGGGCUGUUGGCAUGUAUCAGUGAAUUCCUUCCUCUUAAACAUACUGCGUACCCUUAUAACAGGCACUGAUACAAUCCGUGCUGCUUGAGGGGUGGCCUGGAAAGAGAAGCUCUUGUAGUUAGGGUAUUUCUGAAAAGGCUUACAGUAGAAGAAAAAGGGGAAGUAGUAAAAUCUGCAUGUUGGGAAGGAGAGAUGUGUUGGAUGAGGGGUGUAUUUCUCAUGUUUUCUUGACCUCAGUGAUGUAAUGCUGUCUGGUGUUCUUUCUGCCAGUUGCACCAUGCUUAUACUGAGAGUCAAGGCUCGACAGCUGCAGUGUUUACUGACAUUUCCCACUGUGCCUACUCUUUCAUCUUCUCUGAAGGCGGAAUUUGUCUUAGGGCAUCUUUACACUGGCUGCUGGAUGAGGCUGACUCUUUUUCACCAGAGUUUUCUCCAUAUGAAGGUAAUAAACACAGAGGUGCCUUUCAGCUCCUGGUGGUAGGGAGGAUAAAUUGGAGAGUUUGGCACACUGAACAACCGUAGUGUAAGGAACAAAAAUAAGUCCCAUAUUACUAGAAAAAUAGAAGCUGUAAAACCAAGAGAGGACUUUAGGUUUUAUUCUUCUGUUCUUCCUUAUCUUUGGGGAUAUCCACUCUGCUCUGACUGGACCUGAAAACAGGGCUGGUCCUGUUCCCUCCUGGCUUUCCUGUGCAAGCAAAAUGCUGUCAUGCCUAAGGUACAAGUGCAGUGCAGAUGCACGUGUGCUAAACCUGCUGCCCUCAUUGAAUCUAAAUACUGAAUGUAUAGAUCCUAGUGCUAGGAGGCACUCUUAAAAGCUUCUGUUCUUGUGGACUGAGCUACCUUAUGCUGUCUUCUGCAGCAUGCCCUGCCUGCAGGGAGCCGUCAGGAGAUGAAAGGGGUUUCAGAGCCAAGGCUCAGGAAGCUGUUGAUCCGAGGACACGUAAGGAAGUGAAAACUGGGCCACAUGGCAGCAGGCACAGAGCGAGCUGGCUUCUGUCAGGUCCUGUUCUCACAAGGGCUGAGGAUGGCAGCCUCAGGCAUGGGCAGGAGCUUGAGUUUUCCUCUAGGCUGAGCCACUGGGUUCCUCAAGCAGCCUCCAGUAUACAUUACUUCUGUUACUUUCUUUGCCAAACACUUGGUUUAUAGCUUCUCCUUAGAUGCCAGUUAUGCCAGCGUAACUCGAGUAUGAAGUUUUGGAAGUCUUCAUUAAUCUUGAAGUAGCAGCCCCCUGUGGUUACGUACGCUUCUCGCACAACCCAUCUCAGAUGCUCCAGGGUGGUUCCACCUUGUACUUCUGGGUGAAGCCAAGGCCUGGAGCAUGUGAGGAGAGGUCGUGACAAAACCAGCCUCUGUUAAAUGGCACAGGAGGGGACAAAAGAGCCUGAUCAGUAUUUCAAAACCUGUUGAGGGUUCCUGAGUGGCUCUUGUCUCCCUGUGCUCCCUGAGAAUAAGAGGGAAAAACACUUGGGUUCAUGUGGAACCCAUCCCUUAGUCACUGAGACCAGCUUUACCUUCCUCUGUGCAGGGGAUCUCCGUUUUUAUCAGCUGCAAGCCAAAAAUCCGCUGCUGCCCUGAGGUGGAGCGUGCAGGACUGUGGCUAUCACAAGGGAGAACUGACCAAACCGUGUUGACAAUUGUAGCGAUACCUGUGCCUUUGGUGAGGAACGUGGUUAUGGUACCUGCCUCCCGCUGAGCGGUGUGGGGCUGCCAAGAGCUGUGGUCUUCAGCAACCAGACUCCUCUUCUGAGCCACCUCCAAGCCAGCGCAGUCCUCAAGGUGAUUGUGUCAUGCGUUUGGGGGAAAAUUAUCCACCAUGAAUGUAGCAGACACACAUUUUCUCAUAGGUGUUCAGCUUAAUUUAGCCACUUCAAUAAUAAAAUGGGGAGGGGAGAGAGCUUUCUUCCCCCUCUUCCCCUCUUCCCAAGUGGACUAAGUUCUUCCUAAGCAUCUUGUGAGCAGCAAAGCCUUAUUUGUAGAAACAGGAGUUCUGGGCAAUUGCAGUCUGAUGUGGAUAUCUGUUGCAGAACUGGUUGUUUGCUGUAAUGAGAUCGGAUCAGUUUUUAUAAUCCAGCUCUUUCAGUCCUUUCAGCCAAUAAAUGAUGAACUGCUUCCUUCUCCCUCCCCGUGCACUAGGGUACCACUGUAUGUGUUUUUAAGACAUUUUUCAAAGGUAAGAAAUGGAGUAAGUGGUGAUGUAUUUUACUAAAUGAGUUACAUAGUGGUCAGGUUAACAAGACCUAUAUUUCAAGCAGUCUUGAAGUCUGUAUUACCCAUCAAAGGUGAAAUAAAUCUGAGAGGGGUAAAUCAAUGCGUCUCCAA